AUGGCUACCGACGACGAUAACUUCGAUAUUGACAUCUACGGUGACGGCACUUACAAUGCCAAUCUGGAGGAUUCCGAGCUCGUUCUCGACGCGCCCGAGAAUCAGCCUGAUUCCAGCACCGGAUCAUCCAACACCGCCAAGCAGGAGACCACUGCUCCCACUCAGAACCAGCAGCAGAACAACAAUGGAGCUCCAUCGGCCCCUCAGCAGCAAACUCCCCACAGUCUGCCUGCCCCUCCCCAGGGAGUCAAGCGAAAGGAAUACGAGGACCAAUCGGUGGAUCCCGAUGCCACAACUGCGUUGCUGAUCUCGGAUCUAUCCUGGUGGACAACCGACGAUGACAUUCGCGGCUGGGUCAACCAGGCCGGCGUUGAGGAUCAGUUGAAGGAUGUGACCUUCAGCGAGCAUAAAGUCAAUGGCAAGAGCAAGGGUCAAGCAUUUGUCGAGUUCAGCACCGCACAGGCAGCGACCGCGACCAAGCACAGUAUCGAAAGAAAUGGUGGUCCCACGCGCAAACACACUGUGCACUACACCACCCCACACCAGAACCCGUUUAAGACUCUCCCCAAGGAUACACCGAUGCGCAAUGCUGGCGGUCGCGGUGGCGGCGCAGCCCACAACCCUGGCAGCAACCCCAACUACGGCAUGAACAACCACACUGGUGGCGGAUUCCGCGGCCGCGGCGGCUUCAACAACCGCGGCAUGGGUGGGAACAUGAACAACAACUUUAACAACCGCGGUAACUUCAACCCCAUGGGUGGAUUCCAAGGUGGUGGCGCGCCCAACCCCAUGAUGGGUGGCUUCCAGGGCGCCCCGAUGGGCGGCAUGCAGAACUACGGGUUCAACAACCGCGGCAACAUGAUGGGUGGUGGCAUGCGUGGUGGAGCUGGUAUGCGCGGCGGUCGUGGUGGAAACGCUAUGGGCGGUGGCCCCAACAUGAUGGGUAUGCCAACUAUGACUCCCCCCAUGGGUGGCAUGGGCAUGAACCCGAUGGCUGGUAUGAACCCCAUGAUGGGCGGCGGCAUGGCAGGUGGUAUGGGAGGCAACAUGCCGAUGCAAGGGCAACAAGGUUUCCAAGGCCCCAACCCCGGAUUUAAUCAGGGCUACUACAACCCUAACAACCCCAACAAUCAGAACGCUGGUUCCGAAGGUGGUUCCUGGAACCCCCACGGUGCGAAGCGCAGCCGCCAAGACUAA